GUAGAGGAAGGCCCCGCCGCAAAGCCAGAGUGCAGACAGAAGAAAAACCAACUCCAUCUAGAGUUGAUUCCCCUGUGGACCUCCACUCCUCUGUGUUGAUGGAAACAGAAGAAGAAACACAGACACCAUCAAAACCAUCAGUGCCGACGGAGCGAAGAACACGGUCUAAAGGAGCAGAGGUUGAAAAUGAAACCAAAACAAUCAAGUCACAGACAUCACCCAGGCCAAACAUGACAUUGUCAUUUAAAGAAUCAGCAAUACAAGCGAUCCAAGAAGUGAACGGCAGCACCGAGGAACUCAAAGGAAAUGCUCGUAUCUGUGGCGCUCAUUUCAUAUCAGGACAGGCGUCCAUGGAUCACGACAGUCUGGACUUUGUACCCUCUGUGUUUACGUGCAGAAAACCAAGUCAGGGCCCCCAGAAAGAAGUGAAACGAGGUAGAGGAAGGCCCCGCCGCAAAGCCAGAGUGCAGACAGAAGAAAAACCAACUCCAUCUAGAGUUGAUUCCCCUGUGGACCUCCACUCCUCUGUGUUGAUGGAAACAGAAGAAGAAACACAGACACCAUCAAAACCAUCAGUGCCGACGGAGCGAAGAACACGGUCUAAAGGAGCAGAGGUUGAAAAUGAAACCAAAACAAUCAAGUCACAGACAUCACCCAGGCCAAACAUGACAUUGUCAUUUAAAGAAUCAGCAAUACAAGCGAUCCAAGAAGUGAACGGCAGCACCGAGGAACUCAAAGGAAAUGCUCGUAUCUGUGGCGCUCAUUUCAUAUCAGGACAGGCGUCCAUGGAUCACGACAGUCUGGACUUUGUACCCUCUGUGUUUACGUGCAGAAAACCAAGUCAGGGCCCCCAGAAAGAAGUGAAACGAGGUAGAGGAAGGCCCCGCCGCAAAGCCAGAGUGCAGACAGAAGAAAAAUCAACUCCAUCUAGAGUUGAUUCCCCUGUGGACCUCCACUCCUCUGUGCUGAUGGAAACAGAAGAAGAAGAAACACAGACACCAUCAAAACCAUCAGUGCCGACGGAGCGAAGAACACGGUCUAAAGGAGCAGAGGUUGAAACUGAAGCCAAAACAAUCAAGUCACAGACAUCACCCAGGCCAAACAAGACAUCACCAUCAUUUAAAGCAUCAGCAGGCUUCCUAAAACAACACAAAAUAAGUCCCAUCGUGCUCCUGAAGUCUGUAAUUGCUGCAACAGGUGGGUAUCAGUGUGAGCUGUGUAAUCAGAACUUCAGCAGUAUGUCACUGCUUGUAAAACACAAACAGCUGCAUGAAGAACAAAAGUCCUUCAUCUGUGAAAUUUGUGGAAAGUACUUCACAUCUGAGGCUGAUUUCACUGAGCACCAGCGUUCUCACAAAGAUAAGCCUUUUCCCUGCAACAUUUGUGAUCGAUCUUUUUCUACGAAUCAUAAUCUCAAGCGUCAUAAACUGCUGCAUGUCAAAGAUGGCAGGAAGUGCCGCCUGUGUGGUGUUUUGUCGACGACAUAAUCAUGUUGCAUCCCUGCCACAGCCUGUGUCUGACCAAGAAUCCUCUGUUGAGCCACAAAAAGCAGGCAGUGGUCGGAUGCCAGAAAGCAGUCUGCUGAAGAAGCCUGAGCUGAGCCAGACUGCUGGCCCUGGUGACGAUGCUCAGAGCACCACAAUUCAAAUACCUUUGCAGAUACAGACUGUUUCACCUGUACCACCAGGCCCUGAACCUUUAUUCAAGAUGCAUAACACCCCAUCUCUGGUCUUUCCCACGGGAAUGUUAAAAGAAAUCCCUGUGCCAGUGUUGGUAAAACCUUCCUCUAUACCGUGUCCACCUCCACCAUUACCCAAGUUCCCAUGGGGCCCGGGUACCUCCUCUCAGUUUGAGUCACCCCUGCCCGACUGCCCUGCAACCUUCAUUCAGCCCCAUCUUCCUCAACAUCCAGAACUGCCACCCUCACUAAAGCUCUUUUCACCUCAGUACCUCACCUCAGCAUUACUCGAGGUUAAAAGAAAUUAUGAGUAUAUUUUAAGCAAACCAGAAAAGGUUAAGAAAGAUACUGUGAAGGAGGAAGAGUGCGAGCUGCCGCUGAUUUCUCCAGAUAAACAAGUCAAAAAGGAAAGAAUUGCUUAUGACCUGGAGAUUAUCCUCUAAUCUGAGUCUAGAGGGGCAAGAUUUUUCACAUUUAAAAGCAGGCAUUGACUCUGUCCUGUACUUUAUUAACCCUUUGUAGCAAUAUUAACCUAAUUGUUAGAUUAGCCUAUUUGCCUCAGUCCUGAUGUAUCAUGUCACUGUUACACCAACACUUGUGUUUGUCAAACACAAUGACCUGAUUGGUGGAUGCUACAACUGAAUCAUAAGCUAAUGUGGUCUCAUUAGGAAGGAUAUAUUGAUAUGAUGUGCUUAUUCCACCUGUAUGACAUGAAAUGCUUCAUGUUCCUAUGAAACAUGUUAACUUUGAAUGUGCUGCUGCUCGUUAGCAGUUAGUCCCUACCUGGUUCAGCACACUGGUGUAUUUUAAAGUGCUGAACUCAUGAUGCUGCUAUUUUUUUUUAAUUUAGUGAGAGUUCCAUUACUGAGAUGCUGCAACUUCUUAAUCACUGUCGAGGUGACAUUUGUUUUUCUACUGCUGUUUGGUAAACAGUACUGUUCUGUAUAUAGGAUGGAACUGCCUUGAACUGUAAAACUGUACCAGGUGGCAUUUGGGCUGCAGGCAAUGUUCUGUACUUACAGUUUGUGGAGAAAUAAUCAUUUGAGCCUGUGAGUAAACUCACUGUGUUACAGUAAUGAUAUAAAGAUCAUUGUCAGGCAUCAUGUCUGAUGAUCAUACUCACUGGAUACCGUUUUCCUAUCUACCUCUGCAACCUUGAACUGCAUCAUUUUAUUAUUAUAUAUAAAUAUACAUAUCUUGUAAAUAUAGUGUUUCCUGUAUCUGGGAUAUAAUUGCAUUACAUUAUGAGUUGGGUUGUGUGUACUAACAUCUGGAAGUGGCAGAAAGCAUGAUGUCAUUGCCUAGAGAUGAAACCAGCAGUGAGAGAUUUUUUUUUUCCCACAACAACCUAACCAAGUAGCUAACCUGCUAAACAGUAGUGACACUAGUUCCCUCUUGUAUCUGACAUUGACCUCUAAGACUGUGAAGGGAAAUAAGUCUCAUGUUGCCGUUUACUUACAAUACUGUGCACAUUUUUGGUUGUAACAUUCACAGAUUCUGAUGGUAGAGAUUUAAACACAGUUAACAGAUCAUCUGGCAUGUUCUGUGUAGUUUUUAAUGAACUUUUAUCAUUUUUAGUCACUACAGUGAAUGGAUGACAAUUUUAUUACAGUUACAAUUUCUAAAAUACCGAGUACUGUGGCUAUUAUCAUGUAUUGAGGCCUCACAAGACAAGUUUAAGCUGUCCUGUUAAAAUGGAUGGACUUGCUAAAUAUGUUGUUGGCUGUGCUUCAUCUGCCUAAAUGGAUUCACUAACAUAGAUGCGCUGGAGUUAAGGAAACUCCUAACAGAAAACAUAGUGCAUCAAAACUACACUGUGUCCAUAUCGGGUCAUUUUAAAGUUGAAUAAAGGAAAAAGUAUGGCUGAAAUAAACUGCAGUGUUUCUAAUCUGAAAUACGGUUUCUGCAUGACAUUGUAUACAGAAGUAAAAUUACUGUACCACACUUUAUUUGUGGGAGGGUUUUUUUUUUAGUCUGAAUUUUAAGAUUUUUUUGGUCACAAAGUGUUAAGAGUUGUCAUGACGAUGGUACCAGAAGGACUGACCCAAAAAUGUCAGAAUGGUUUCCUCAGGCUGACCUCUUGUCAGCAUAAUAUUGCAUUAAAAUGGCCAGCUUGUUGAACUGCAAAACAAAAGCCCAGAGUAUAAUAACAAUAAAAUGC